AUAACUUCCGGUCAUGCGCAGACAUGCGCCUUUCUGGAUUCCCGCUGGGAACUGUAGCCGGUUCGCUAAACUCUUCGUUACUAUAAAGGAUGAAAGAAACCAUCAUGAAUCAGGAAAAGCUUGCGAAGAUGCAGGCGCAAGUCCGUAUAGGUGGAAAGGGUACUGCCCGCAGAAAGAGGAAGGUGGUACACAGAACAGCAACUGCAGAUGACAAGAAGCUUCAGUUCUCCCUAAAGAAACUUGGCGUUAAUAAUAUUUCUGGCAUUGAGGAGGUUAACAUGUUCACAAACCAGGGAACUGUUAUCCACUUCAACAACCCGAAAGUGCAGGCGUCACUGGCUGCCAAUACGUUCACUGUCACGGGUCACGCGGAGACCAAGCAGCUGACAGAGAUGCUGCCCACCAUCUUGAAUCAGCUCGGUGCUGACAGCCUGACCAGCCUCAGGAAGCUGGCUGAGGCCCUGCCUCGGCAGGCUGGAGAUGGCCGGGCACCCCUUGCUGUUGGUGAGGAUGAUGAAGAAGUUCCAGCUCUUGUGGGGACCUUCGAUGAAGCUUCGAAGAAUGAAGCGAACUGAAGAGGACCUGAUUUAGAGAUGGUCUUGAAUUAGUUUUUUUUUUAUUAACCACUAUUGUCUGCCACCCAUUUUUAGGGCACAUGUAUGAUGCUUUAAAAAUUGCUUGUUCAUAUGAUAUUCCAGUAUAUUUCACCAAUUACUCAGUUCUGCUUAUAUUUCUGGUAUCUCCUGUUAGUAAAUAUAACACCAGAUUAUAUUUUGAAAUGUUCAAGUGGAAGCAACAUUUGGAUAAGCCAAAUUUCCUUUUCCUUUUCCUUCCAUUUGUCCGCAGUAACACUUAAGUUUGCUUGAUGAAAAAUAAGCAGUUUUACAUUUUUGCUUUUUCAGGGCAAUGUAUUUAACACUGUCACUUUGUAACUGGAUUGUGCAGUGCACUGUGGAGUUACGGUGACCCUCAGAUAUUUACAAAGGUGUCGUCAUAUUAGUGCCAACACUUGGACUAUUAUCUGGAAUCUUACUCUACACUGGGUGCAGUGAAUUGACUUGUACACAAUUAUCAGAAAAAUCUUGAUUUGUAUUGGUAGUUCCAGGUGAAGAAUGUGGCAUACUAUGUGUAUACUAUUUACAAUAUAUUCAGAACUUUCAGAAAAAACUCAAAGCAAUGCAUUCAGAGACUGUUUAAUAUAUCAAGUUACUUUUCAUGCUAUUCAUUAAGGAAUGGUGUGUGUGGGGGUUGUACGUUUGAAUUAAAACAAAAUGCCAAGUAAGUUUAUCAACACAGGAUUUGUUGGGAGUGUUUUAUGUGUAACUUACUAAACUAUUGAUAUUUGUUCUUUUGGGAACAAAAUACAAAAUUACAUCUAUUUAAACAAA